CACAGAGCACGUGACCGUAAGGAACAAUCACACAACACCGUCCUUGCGAAGUUUGCACAAGCUGUGGGACCCUCGCAGCUGUGACCUGCUUGGCGUAACAGUUCAACAUUUUAAGGAGCCUACAACACCUCUACGAUGCUCGCCAAGAAAGCCUCUGAUCGAGGAUAAGGGUGAUGAGACAUGGCGACGAAGGUGAUCUAUUUCACGGUGGGCGGGCGCCCCGAGCAGGCGGAGUUCCGAAGCGAUUCCGAGCUUGAAGACGUUCGAGAGUGCUUCCGUGCUGCGGCCGAGGCUGGGCCUAACGACAUCCUGAAGUUGUACAACACCAAGGGAAACAUCGUCAAUAUCUCGCCCAAGUUGGAGGCAAACCGACCUGACAGCCGCUAUAAGCUACAGGUGGUCGCUGCCACCUGCAAUGGACCAACAGCAUCUGAACUUGGCUUUGAUGUCAAUGGCAUGGAAAGAAGGUUAGAAGAUCUGGAGAGAAAGAUCUUGGUGGAAAGUGGAGAGACUCCACCGCUUGUGUUUGAGAUGAGGAAAAAAGUGGAGUCCUUCCGAGAAAAACUAGAGAGUGUGGAACACUUAAGUUGGCUGGGCCUCUUUAAGGACAUUUCCAGUGGCACGUCAUCUCCAUUUUGGAACAAGAAGGGGAAGGCCAGGAAGAGUCUAGAGCACUGCAAGCUGGUACAUGACCGUUUCAAGAAAAUGAGCGCUGUGCAAGUCACGGAAGAUGUCAGAUUUCACCUCAGGAAACCUACUUUUGACAACUGGCAAUGGGAUGAUGCAGAAAUGUUACUCCUCCUCCAACAAAUGUACAUAGAACUUGAACUCCUCACAAAGUUUAACAUUGAGAUGCCAGUGUUGCAGCAAUUUCUAUAUGAGGUCUACAGGCACUACAACCAGAUCCCCUUCCACAACUUUAACCAUGCCUUCUGUGUCACUCAAAUGAUGUACGGGCUCAUCUGGUUAUGUGAGGUGUGGGAGAAACUGAGUGAUGUGGAGAUCCUCAUCAUGCUGACCUCUGCACUAUGCCAUGAUUUGGACCACCCAGGGUACAACAAUGCAUAUCAGGUAAAUGCACGGACAGAGCUGGCCCUCAGAUAUAACGACAUCUCCCCACUGGAGAAUCAUCACUGUGCCAUCGCAUUUGAAAUCCUAGAAAAGCCGGACUGUAACAUUUUCAGGAACCUGAGUGUUGAAAACUUUAAGAAAGUCCGUGAAGGCAUGAUUAGGUGUAUCCUGGCAACGGACAUGGCCAGACAUAAUGAAAUCCUGGGGAAAUUUAAAGGUCUGAUUCCUGAAUUUGACUUUAGCAACAAAGAACACAGAGAACAGUUGAUGAUGAUUCUGAUGAAGGUGAGUGACAUCUCCAAUGAGGCCAGACCCAUGGAUGUGGCAGAGCCUUGGCUGGACUGCCUGCUGAAGGAGUUCUUUAACCAGAGUGAUGUGGAAAAGUUGGAAGGCCUUCCUGUCACCCCCUUCAUGGAUCGUGAGAAGGUGACAAAACCGUCCUCACAAACAGGUUUCAUCCAGUUUGUCCUACUACCUCUCUUUGAGGCAGCAGCUUGCAUCUUUCCAGAAAUGCAGCCUCACAUUAUCCAGCCUGUACGUGAUGCCCUCCAGUACUACAAGGACAUGCAGGUGGCACUGGAGGAUCAGAACAAGAAAACACACAACGACGGGGAGAGAAACAGCGACGGCGUCACGUUGAGAAGUCCGCUGGAAACGGAGGUUGUCGUGGGUCUGGCAAACGGACACAAGUCGCCGUGAUGUUGCUAUUGACAUAACGCCAGUUGAUCGUUAUUCGCGGGGGGUAACCUAUAUCUGUUGUUUUUAAGAUAGGGUAUUUGUGGACAGAAGGUCGACAGACGGUGGUUUCAAACUGCAGUAUUUAGAAAAUAUUUCAGUUUAAAACCACCGUCCCUUGACUUGACAGAAGGAACAUAGCCUGUUUUUGAAACAACGGAUAUACAAAAGUAGGUUAUCCCGUGGAUAAAGGAGAACUAGUGUUAGACUUUAUAGUACAGAAAAAAGAUUACCAUGAUUAUAUUUUGUUGGACAGAAUUACUAUAUAUAUAUUAUGCAUAGAGAUGCAAUCGUCCCAAAUAUAAGAAAUAAUCCUAUAACACAUGUAGUGCAUUAUGUAAUAAUAUGCAGGAUAUAGCCUUACAGAGAUGUUAACUGUGGUGUUUACGAUGACGUCAGUUUGCAGUGUGUGUCAGGUUUUUUCUCCUGUGCAAGAUGGGAAUAAGAACAUUAGAUGUUAAUCAAGGACUGUGUACUUUUGAUUUAGGAAUACACUUCGAAUUUGGAAAAUCGAGUUAAGUAGUACUUCAUAAUGUUGCAGCAUGUAACUUGAAGCAAAAAAAAUGCCUUCCUUGAAACAGUCGUAUUCAUGUUUCUCUUGGAACUUUCAUAGUUAAAGAGAUAUACUACAUUUUCCUUACUCCAAGUGUGUUUCAAGUUGAAAGUUACCAAUGUUGAUACAGGCAGCCUUAGUUCCCUAAAAAGCAGUUAACAGUCUGAGUCUCUACAUAUCAUAGAUUUCAAGAUACUAGACUCCAGUGUCUUGCUGGGUGCCAUCCUCCAUUGUAUCUGUUGGUUCAAUCUUCUCACAAUUUUUUUACUUGCUAAUCACAGAAUUACUACAGCAAGGCAAAAGAUUGAGCCAGUGGUUACUAUGGCAAGCAAAAAAAAUUAGUAUUUGAGCAAGCAGUUACAAUGGAGUAUGGUACCCAGGCUUUCAAAACCUUUUCAAAAUCUACUUCAAUUUGUGCCAGGUAGGCUAAAAAUCAACAUUGUCAGGUAGAAUUUCACAAGCUUGAAGAAUGUGUGCAUGUAUAUAUGUAGCAAUACUCAUGUCCAAUUAUAUUAAGCUUAUGCUUUAGCAGAAUACCUUUAAAUUAUGAUUUUUUCAGUGACCAGCUUCAUAAAUGCAUGCACAAACUUCGUUACAUUCCUUGAAGUACAAAAUAUAACUUUGUAUAUCACAUUAUCUAUAUAUUAUAUAUCUUCUGUAUUUCUGUUGGAUGUGUAGUGUCCAAACUGUAUUCUUGUGUAAAUAUGUAGCACUUGAUAUGUGUGUUAAAUGUUCCUGUGUCACAUCAUUCAAAUACUAGAGAGAUUUAUUUAUUCUUAUUAUAGUUGUUAUGUUAAAUGUUACAUUCCAUUAAACAUCAUCGAGUAACUGAUGCAAAAAUGAAUGUAUUUACAAUGUAUUUAUAGAUGACACCACUCUACAGGGUCAAAUAGAUUAUAGGUAAGCAUAGAGUUAAGAAAUCUUCACUGUGCUAUCAGGAAUAUCAUUAUUAAAUGUGUCUGUAAAUUGCACAAUCAUGCACACACUGUCAGCAGGUGAUCUAUUUUGAUUAUUCACAAUUUAUUUGUGGGUUCACGGAUUUGAAGUGGAUUUGAAUUCACGGAAGUGAAAAUAUACCAAGCAGACAUCAUAAAUGCAACAGGCAGGGACGAAAAUUUGCAUAUGACCAUGUGCAAAUUUGAAUAUGACCAUAAACCUGACUGCACCAAGGCAUAAACCUUGUACUCAGGCUUCGUUUUCAUGAUGUUUUUCCAGUUAAGCAUAUUUUUUAUUUACUUUUGAAAAUCUGUGAACCAACAAAUUAAAUUGGUGUGGUCUAAUCAAAUUUGUUUGGAUUCAAAAUCCUAAUUGUCCUGUAUUGUCUUUGCUUGCAGGGCUAGCUUAUUUUACUAAUAGCCACCGGACAGCUCUGGCUACAUGUAUAUGGUAUGUCUUUUGCACCUGAACCAGACCACUACUAUUCGCUUACAAGUGCCAACCUGCUUUCUCCACUUUGGAAGGCAAUAAACAAUUGUAAUGUUAUACAUAAUGUACAUGUGGGAUUUUCCUUUAUUUCUAAUCGAAGACUUUCUUUUUGCAUUUUUAAGCCCCCAAAAGAGUAAGCCCCCAAAAGACUGAUUAUAAAGGCCAACUGUUUUUUUUUUAUUGAUGGUGAUACCCUUCAGCUCUUGUUACAUGUACAAUAUACAUAAUGUAUCUUCCGAGGCUCAUACCAUACAGGUAUAUUAGAAAAUAUAUUGAAUUCUAGCAUGUUCUAUGGUCAUUUAUUACAUAUUAGAAAAAAAGUAGCCAUUUGCCAAUGUGUUCCAAGAAAAAGGGUACCAAGAAAAGUUGAAAGCAAAGAGCGUUCCCACAUUGAAAUAAGCUCUGUAUCUAUAAAGCUCUACAUGUAUGUAUUGUUGUCUUUUACUCGUGAAUUUGUCACCAUGGCUCUUAAAACGGUCUGAUAAGUUUCAUGUAAAAUCUGAUCAAAAUAAAUCAUCCCAAAUAUA